UCAGCGAGAUUAGUGAGCUAACGUAGUUCUUGCAGAACUGAAAUCUAUUAUUUUAUUCUAACAUAUCAACAACAACAACUUCUACCUCAAAAAACAAACAACAUGCGUGGUUUAUCRCUCUUGCACUUGGCCUUGGCUAUUUUACUCUGUGUGCUUGUCGCAAAUAAGCCCGCACUGGCACUACGCAUCAAUGUCCGUACUACAACACCGGCAACURCAACGGCAACAACAAUAGCUAAUACUGAGGCAACUAGCACACCAACUUAUCGACCCAUCAUUAUCAACAACAACAUACCAAACAUCGAUGCCAGCUGCAUGGUACGCUAUAAGUGUAUCGCGAAAUUGAAGGGCAUAACAGUGGCGCCCAGACCUUGUACUAAAUACUGUGUGAAAUUCAUUGARUGUCCGAAUGCAGCGAAGGUUGCCGGUUCGGCAGGUCAGUGCUUCGAGCUGGAUGAGGCSGCACUACGCCAAAAAUAUGAGGGUGCAACGAAGCAGGGCAGUACAGUGCCGCUAAUGGAGGUGGCUAUGAUAGAUUUCCCUUGCCGUCCUGGKUUUCUGCCAGAUGACUUAGGCCGCUGCCGUGAAGUAUGGUGAAACGUUUUGCCCAGUGUUUGUUUGAACUUUGUUAAUGUUCCCAAAAUAAAGCCUUGAUAUGUUUUCGCGGUGAAAAAUUAA